AUGUCAUCCCAAGGAACCCAAUCCAACAGCGGAAUCCUACAGUCUCCCCAGGAGCUCCAUUCCCGGCAUUCCAAACCACCUCCCCCACCCAACCAGGCCCAAAUCGCCACCCCACUUCCUGGCAGCGAGGGCCUGACGGCUGCUGCUGACGCAGGCGGCUGCGUGUGGGCGGCCGCGUGCCAGGGGGUCAACUGGGAAAGUGAACUCCCAGCCAGGAGGAUGGUGGUGAAUCUGCAGAUUUCCUGGCAACUAGGGUGGAGCAAGGGGCACUCUCAGGAGGAGUGGGGAGGGGGGCUGCCAAGUAGGAUCCACAUUAGUCCAACUCCCCAGAUUCCCCUGUCCGCUAUCCCUAAGCCAGCCCACAGGCCCGCCCCAGAGGAGCACCCCAUUGGCCCUCUUUGCCGGGGUGAGGACCCUCCUCUGCAAGGCUUCUCCCUGGGGGUCGAUCGCUGGCUUCUCAUCCUCAGCCACAGGCCCUCUGGAAAUUGGGAUGCAGAGAUGGGCGGGAAGGACUGGCCCCAGCCCCCCACCGCCCCCAAAGGGGCGAGCGACGCCAAGCUCUGCGCUCUCUACAAAGAGGCCGAGCUGCGCCUGAAGGGCAGCAGCAACACCACGGAGUGUGUUCCGGUGCCCACCUCCGAGCACGUGGCCGAGAUCGUGGGCAGGCAAGGCUGCAAGAUUAAGGCCUUGAGGGCCAAGACCAACACCUACAUCAAGACUCCGGUGAGAGGCGAGGAACCAGUGUUCAUGGUGACAGGGCGGCGGGAAGACGUGGCCACCGCCCGGCGGGAAAUCAUCUCAGCAGCGGAGCACUUCUCCAUGAUCCGCGCCUCCCGCAACAAGUCAGGUGCCGCCUUUGGCGUAGCUCCUGCCCUGCCUGGCCAGGUGACCAUCCGUGUGCGGGUGCCCUACCGCGUGGUGGGGCUGGUGGUGGGCCCCAAAGGGGCAACCAUCAAGCGCAUCCAGCAGCAAACCAACACAUACAUUAUCACACCAAGCCGUGACCGCGACCCCGUGUUCGAGAUCACGGGUGCCCCAGGCAACGUGGAGCGUGCGCGCGAGGAGAUCGAGACGCACAUCGCGGUGCGCACUGGCAAGAUCCUCGAGUACAACAAUGAAAACGACUUCCUGGCGGGGAGCCCCGACGCUGCACUCGAUAGCCGCUACUCCGACGCUUGGCGGGUGCACCCGCCUGGCUGCAAGCCCCUCUCCACCUUCCGGCAGAACAGCCUGGGAUGCAUCGGCGAGUGCGGAGUGGACUCUGGCUUUGAGGCCCCACGCCUGGGUGAGCAGGGCGGGGACUUUGGCUACGGCGGGUACCUCUUUCCGGGCUAUGGCGUGGGCAAGCAGGAUGUGUACUACGGCGUGGCGGAGACUAGCCCCCCGCUGUGGGCGGGCCAGGAGAACGCCACGCCCACCUCCGUGCUCUUCUCCUCGGCCUCCUCCUCCUCCUCCUCUUCCGCCAAGGCCCGCGCUGGGCCUCCGGGCGCACACCGCUCCCCUGCCACUUCCGCGGGACCCGAGCUGGCCGGACUCCCGAGGCGCCCCCCGGGAGAGCCGCUCCAGGGCUUCUCUAAACUUGGUGGAGGCGGCCUGCGGAGCCCCGGCGGCGGGCGGGAUUGCAUGGUCUGCUUUGAGAGCGAAGUGACUGCUGCCCUUGUGCCCUGCGGACACAACCUGUUCUGCAUGGAGUGUGCAGUACGCAUCUGCGAGAGGACGGACCCAGAGUGUCCUGUCUGCCACAUCACAGCCACGCAAGCCAUCCGAAUAUUCUCCUAAGCCCCGUGCCCCAUGCCUCCGGGGCCCACUCCACGGGGCCCACCCUGGACCUGUUUUCCACUAAGGCCUUUUGGAAAGCGGUGAU